AUUUUCACUAAGUGGCGCCAAUCCCUUAAUUCCUCCUCCCUCCUCCCGUCCUCACUCCUUGCUUCUUCACUGUGCCCCAAAUCUUCCUCAUCUUCUCCUCAUCUGUAUAUUUCUUCGAGGGCGAGGGUGCGAGGGGCGGACUGCCGACUGCGGAAGCGAGGCGCGGAUGUGACUGGAGAGCGACGGAAGGGCAGGGGCCAGAGCAGCUGAGCCGACGGAGAGCGGAGCACCGGCCACCGAGCAGGGCAGCAGCCGAGUAGCGGAGCUCCUUCGCAGGCGCUGCUGACUUUCUAGUUUCCAAUUUCCGAUUUCUGAAUUCUGGUCAGGUUGCUUCAAUUUUUUUAAUUACUUUAAGUCUCUAAUUUUAUAUGUGUAUUUAGCCCUUUGUUGAUUGUGGCUUUUGUGCAUACCCAUUUGGAGAAGUUUGCUUUUCUGGGCUGUAAAAGGGUGGUUUGUCAUUGGGUGUUUUGUAGUUGCAGCUUUUAGGUAUACCCUAGAUCAGAUUAUGAAAAUGGAAGAAUGUACUCGAAUAAGGAAAAAAUCAGAAAUUCAGAACCUGGCUUAUUAAAUUGGUAAGACUGAGUCCUUUUAGAUUUGGAGUUUUCUUAUCUGUUUGCAGGUUUGCUGCAGUGUUAAGAUUUUGGUUGGUGUUUUUUGAGGCUUAUGUUGAAGAUUUUAGUUCAAUUGAUUGAUGAAGGCUACAUUUGUUCUGUUUGUGUGGGUGUGUUUUCUCUUUUUUAAUGGAUUUUUAUUUUGGGUGGGUGUAAAGAUCUUAUUGCAAAUAUCUCUAAGGUGUUUCCCAAGGAUGAUGAGUGGUGUUGAUGAUAUGACUAAACAUAUAGCAAUUUGUAUGGAAGGGGCGUCUUCAAGAUAAGAUGGCUGGAGGUAAAGAUGAGUAUAAUGCUUUCUGAGUUAUAUAUGAAGAUUGGUUUUAAGAUAGUAUUUCACUGUUUCAUUUCACCCGAUUUAACCUUCAAGGCAUAUCCAUCUCCUAAUAAGUUACAUGCUUGCAAUGCAUAUGCUAUAUCAUGUUUUCAGCAUUGAGUUAAUGACAAGCAUAUUCUUACUGUAAGUGGAAGCAUGCCUAUUUAUCAUUUUCCAGGGUAUUACAACAAUCCACAGGCCACCAGUCUUGCUAUAGAUAAACAGGGCUGGGUCCAUACUGGUGAUCUUGGAUACUUUGAUGAGGAUGGACUGCUAUACAUUGUUGACCGAAUUAAGGAGCUCAUCAAGUACAAAGGUUUUCAGGUUGCACCAGCAGAGCUUGAAAGUCUGCUCAUUUCUCAUCCUGAAAUAGUCGAUGCAGUUGUCAUCCCAUGUUGAAGCUGGUGAGAUCCCAGCUGCAUACGUUGUUCGUUCCCUCAACAGCUCAGGUAUAUGUCCAAAAGUUCUUAGCAGAUCAGGUAUAUGUUAUAGCAAAAAAUAAUGUCUUUUCUAAGAAAGAAAUAAGAUGCAGUAGUUUGUUGAAUUGGUCAUUGUGUUUUCUAGAUGGAAGUUUCCAAUUGCUAAUUUAUUAGUUAUUUGGUAACCAUGUGAAAACAUCUUAAUUAGUAAAUAUGACUUGCAUGAACUCAGCUUUGUUAUUGUUUUAACUGAUUUACUUAUUGCCUUACACAGAUAAUGGAUGUUACACAGAUUAGUUUUAACUAAUUUACUUAUUGCCUUGUAAAUUAUGUUGAAGAUUUGAGGACUAGAAUGCUUCUACUGGCAGUGGUAUCUUCUUUUGUAGGUAAUGAGCAACAUUGUGCAAAAAGCUAACAUCAACUAAUUUUUUUGGUUACAACUUUUACAGGCUAAACAAUCCCAAA